CAUAUUCCUCCCUGGGCUUAAAUAAUGAAUUCUGUUCAUUAGCAAAUGACCUUGAAGAAAAUGGAUUCCUGCUCUCUUAAGUACUGAUCUCAUGGUUAAUGAUUUUUUUUCCAAACUAAACUCAGUAAUGUAACACAAUUUUUAAGCCACUGACUAAUGUGUGUUUAUGUUGUGUUUCCUAGUGACUGGAGUGUUGGGCAAACACAUCGAUCACAGAAACCUGUUCACACAGAGAGUGUGCUGCAAAAGACAGAGCCACUUUGUGUACAUUGGACAAGACAUCUCUGGGAGUCCUGUCAGUGUAGAUGUGGGGAUGUGUAGGUCGCACUGUGGGGCAGCAUCCAAGCCAUCACAUGAAGCAGGGCAGCAGGAAUACUCAAAACAUUCCUCCAUGCUGGAAUUUCUCAGGAGCAAAAAAAUAAGGACACGGGGACCUGCUUCUCCAGAGGGCUCGGAUCCUCUGAACAAGCUGCCCUCCUGCGGGAUGAACCAGGUGUGCGAGCCGACCGGGAUGCGAGUGGACCGGGUGCUUCUGCUGGAGGGACCCCGGGAGGUGGAGGUCAUCGAGGAGUGCCACUGCGAGAUCAAGCUGACCCAGUGCAUCCGCAUCCCAGCACUGAGGACUUACUACUCCGAGACGCCAUUUGAGACAGUCAUUGACGUGGGAGGAUGCUCCAGGUCUAAGGGCUCUCCAGAGGGAUUUUCCUGUGUCCCCACUAAGUUUGACUCAGCCUUGGUUGAGACCCCCAACAAAGUGGAUCUCAUCCAGACCGUGGCAGCCUGUGAGCUGAAGGAAAGCUGCUACAGGGUCCCAUAUGUGGAGUAUUACUAUGAAACAGUUCACCAUGCAGAUGGAGUCAAAGAAGAGAGGCUCAAAGAAAUAGAUGUGGGCAGAUGUUUGGGAGGCUGCACUACAGGAAACCGUUGCCUUCUCAGGAGUCCAUCUGAUCCUGAAGUUUGUCACUUGUGGGCUGAAAAACAGCCCAGUUCCUGUGUUCCUCAAGGCUACGAGAGCCAAAGCUUCCUCAACCAGCAUGGACAGUUACGCACAGUCCUUUCCAUCACUUCCUGUCUUUGUCAAAACUGAACACUGCGCCCUCUGCUGGAAAACAACUCCCAUGACCUGCAGUGGGAGAUCCCAACGUUUGAUCCACAGUGGCUGCAGCCCACUUAACCAAAUCAUUCAAUGAAAAAAUUCUACCCUAAAAUAUUAUUGUAUUAUAUGUAAUAUAUGUAAAAAUGAUAAUUUUGUAAAUAAAUCUAAUACCACAACAGUGUA